AUGCCUCUCAGCGCUGCUGCCUCCCUCUAUCGACGGUCCCUUAAGCUUGCCCUAGACUGGGCUGUUCACCGUCAGGUUUGGCGAGGACAGGCAGUCUACAUCCGCUCAUUGUUCGACGCAAAUAAGGACGUUCGCGACCCUCGUCAACAAAAGGUGCUAUUGCAGGAAACCGAGAAGCUGCUAGAGACAUGGAAGCACCCGGAUCCCUAUCGCGCGCCUACUGCCCCAGGAGGCAGUAAGUGGGAGAGAAACCUUCCCGCGCCUCAGUUGCCUCUUGCUUCCGAGCCUGCGGGUCAUUGA